AAGAAGAGGCCGGAGUCCAGCGCGGGGGGAUGUUGCCCUAAGUGUAACUGCAGCACCGCCGCGACCCUCCUCGCCAUGAUCAUAGAGAACGUGGACGCGCUUAAGUCCUGGCUGGCCAAGUUAUUGGAGCCAAUAUGUGAUGCUGAUCCAUCAGCCUUGGCUAACUAUGUUGUUGCACUGGUCAAAAAAGACAAGCCAGAGAAAGAACUGAAGGCUUUCUGUGCUGAUCAGCUAGAUGUAUUUCUGCAAAAAGAAACAUCGGGUUUUGUUGACAAACUAUUUGAAAGCCUAUAUACUAAGAAUUACUUAGUUCCUAAUGAACCAGUAAAACCUGAUCUAAAGACUAAUCAAGGAAAAGAAGAAAUCAAAGAGGAGACAUUUCAGGAAUCUUUUGAAGAAGAGCGAGAGAACAAAAAGAAGAAAUACACUAGCCCGCAGAAAAACCGUUCAGAUUCUAAUGAACAAAGAACCAGAGAAAGAAAAAGAGAUGAUGGCAAGUGGAGAGACUACGAUAGAUACUAUGAUAGGAAUGACUUAUAUAGAGACAAAUAUGACUGGCGAAGGGGAAGAAGUAAGAGUCGUAGUAAAAGCAGAGGGCUAAGUCGAAGUCGGAGCCGCAGUAGAGGUAAAAGCAAAGACCAAGAUACAAACAAAGACAGGGAUGCUGGCAGAAAUAUUGAUCACAGAGAACGAGCCAAAUUCAAGUGUGAAAGAAGUGACAUGGAGAGUUCAUACAACCCUGUGUCUUUGUCUUCCAUAAAUUCAGCCGAACAGUAUUCCACUGGAGCCCAGUGUAUUCCUACUGCUGUUACUGUGAUUGCACCUGCUCACCAUCCUGAAAACACCACAGAAAGCUGGUCAAAUUACUAUGGCAAUCAUUCUGCACCUAAUUCCUUUGUCAGGAAUAUUCCACCAAAAAGGCGGUGUCGAGAUUAUGAUGAACGAGGAUUUUGUGUACUUGGUGAUCUUUGUCAGUUCGAUCAUGGAAAUGACCCACUAGUUGUAGAUGAAGUAUCUCUGCCCAGCAUGAUUCCUUUCCCACCACCACCUCCAGGACUUCCUCCACCUAGAAUGCUGAUGCCCCCAACCCAAGGCCCAACCCAUAACAUGAGAAUGCCAGGCCCACAGUUACAUCCUCGGCCACCACCACUUGUUAGAAUCCCCAUACCAAGACCUCCUUCAUCUCAAUCCAGUUUAAUUAAUAGCCGUGACCAGCCAGGAACAACUACAGUGCCCAGCCUUGCACCAAUGGGGGCAAGGCUACCUCCUCCACUACCCCAAAGCCUACUGUAUUCAGUAUCAGAACAUACAUAUGAACCAGAUGGCUAUAAUCCAGAAGCCCCUAGUAUUACUAGUACUGGUAGAUCUCAAUAUCGACAGUUCUUUUCAAGGACUCCAAUGCAGCGUCCAAAUCUUAUUGGCCUAACAUCUGGUGAAAUGGACACAAAUCCAAGAGCUGCUAAUAUUAUCAUACAGACCGAGCCUCCAAUUGGAAUUGCAAGCAACAGCAGUAACGUAUCCAGGGUGGUGCUUGAGCCAGACAACAGGAAGAGAAUUUCAAACACUAUGGAAGGGCCAUCUCCAAAGAAACCGUGGAUUGGAAAACAAACUAAUAACCAAAAUAAGCCAGGGUUCCUGAAGAAGAGCCAGUAUACUAAUACUAAAUUGGAAGUUCGUAAAAUACCACCAGAACUGAACAAUAUUACUCAGUUGAAUGAACAUUUCAGCAAAUUUGGGACAAUUAUCAACAUUCAGGUUGCCUUUAAGAAUGAUCCUGAAGCUGCUCUAAUUCAGUAUUCAAUAAACGAUGAAGCCAGAAAAGCUAUUUCUAGCACAGAGGCAGUGUUGAACAAUCGGUUUAUACGAGUAUUGUGGCACCGGGAAAGCAGUGAGCAGCAGCCCUUGCAACAGCAGCAGCAGCCACAGCCACAUCCACAUCCACAUCCACCACAGCUGCAGCAGCAACAGCAGCAGCAGCCGGCACUGACACCAUCACCUCUUCAUCAACUGCAUGUGCAGCAACAGGUUCUGACACAGCCCCCACCUGUAACAGUGCACAGCAGUAUGCCAAAGGUGGUUAAACCAUUAGCUGCAGGUGCCUAUGUCUUUAACAAGGUUCCAGUUAAACAUCGACUUGGAGCAACCAGUGGAAAUCAGCCAGAUUCUCAACAUGUAUUACUUAGCCAGUCCAAUGCUACUACAGAGGAUGUUCAGUUGUUUCCUUCUUCAACAACACAUACAAAGAUGGUUUACAGUUCCUCCAAUUUGAAGACAGGAAAUAAGUCUGCUACAGGAAAUAAAUCUCAUGAUGUCCAAGAAGUUCUUAAAAAGAAACAGGAGACAAUGAAAUUGCAACAAGACAUGAGAAAGAAACAGCAGGAAAUGUUGGAGAAACAAAUAGAAUGUCAAAAGAUGCUAAUAUCAAAAUUGGAAAAGAAUAAAACCACGAAACCAGAGGAAAGAGCAGAGAUUAUGAAGACUCUGAAAGAGCUAACAGGAAAAAUUUCACAGUUGAAAGAUGAAUUAAAAACCUCAUCCGUUGUUUCUACAUCAAAGCUAAAGUCUAAAACUGAAGCACAAAAAGAACUCUUAGAUGCAGAAUUGGACUUACAUAAAAGAUUGUCUUCUGGGGAAGAUACAACUGAACUGAGAAAAAAACUUAGCCAAUUACAGGUGGAGGCGGCUCGUUUAGGUAUCUUACCUGUUGGUCGGGGGAAAGCAGUGUCAGCUCAAACUAGAGGAAGAGGACGAGGUCGUGGAGGGAGAGGAAGGGGUAUUGUGAAUCACAUGGUAGUGGACCACCGCCCCAAAGCACUAACGAUUGGUGGCUUUGUGGAAGAAGAGAAAGAUGAAGUGUUGCAACAUUUCGCACAAUUUGGAGAUAUUGAAGGUCUUCAAGAGGAAGAAUCUCCUUUAAGUGUUGUUUUGACAUUUAAAUCCCGCUCUGAAGCUGAAAACGCUGCCAAUCAAGGAUUAAAGUUUAAAGACCGACGACUUCAGAUAUCAUGGCAUAAACCUAAGUUACCAUCUGUGUCUACAGAAACUGAGGAGGAAGAGCCCAAGGAAGAGGAGACAGAAACAUCAGAUUUAUUUCUACCUGAAGAUGAUGAUGAUGAAGAUGAAGAUGAAGAUGAAUCUCGCUCUUGGAGAAGAUGAAACUUCAAGAGGAAGCAUAUAAUUUUAGAAUUGUUCGAACUCAAAUUUUUUAAAAAUAUUUAAAGGAAGUCCAUGAGCCAAAAAUCUGUUUUUGUUUUUCAUUUUAUAUAUAUAUAUAUAUACAUUAAAAUAACAAAUGUGUUUGAUAUGUAAACUUAGCAAGUAAGUAGCUAUGAUCAGCCAAAGGCCCAGAGCUUCUACAAAGCUGUAAAAAUGGUUGUGAUCUUAUAAAAGUAAAAUAUAUUAGUCUUUCAAGCCCAACUUUUGUUCAUUCUGAUUUUAAAAUAGCAAUUUGUUUUAUUAAAUAUCAAUGACUUCGUAGUUUUUAUUAGCAAUGUGGAAUCUGAGAUGAGAACAAUGUCAAAUUCGUCAACAUUGUCUAGAAUUUGCUAAUUCAGAAUUCCUUUCAUUGGGUGGCAGGCAGCUUAAGUAAAUCUCAAUUGAAAAACAAUCAGGAAUUGCACAUAUGUUUGUGAAGGAGCUGUUUUUCCUAUAUUCCACUAUCUGAAAUAUGGUUGUCAGAAUGAUAGUAGUUCUUGCCAGCAUUGGUGAUAGUGACUCCUUUUUCUAGUAUUUUGUUUCUUUCCCAUCUUUAAACAUUCUUUUAAUUACCAUUAGGAAUGCAACUGACCCAAGCACUUCUGCUCUGAUUUCACAUUUUAGUUCGGUGGAACUGUCAGCCUUAAAAUCUAUUAAAAAUGACCACAGUAGGAAUAUUUUUUUUAACAGUAUUGGUAAUGUGAAAUUAUUUGUUUUGAUAAUGACCUAUCUCUAAAACUCUUUUCAGGGUAAUUAAUGGCUGCAUUUUAUUUUUUUAAGGAAAAGCCAAUGCACUGUUCCAAGUGAUAUAUUUCCUGCAACCCAUAGAAUUGCAAAAUAAAAACAAUCUUGUUUUAAAAUAAUAGAUACUAAGCCAGCACUUAGAAUAAUAUUGCGAGUUCAGGUUAUAACACAUUAAAAAUUAAUAUUGAGUUGAGGAAAAAAAGUAAAACACUGAUUUAAGCAUAUUUUUUUUUGUCCGCAUGCUGAUAAAAAUGUGUCUAGUCUUCCCUCUU